AUGAUCCUCGACGUGGCUCCUCCUUCAAAACGGACCCGAGAGAGCACAUCCAAGGUUCGAACCGGAUGCAGCACUUGCAAGGCUCGUCGUGUAAAAUGCGAUGAAGCGAAACCCAUCUGUCGACGAUGCGCCGUUGGAAGUCGGAAGUGCGAGUACCAGGUGGCACAUGCAGCACCACCACGUCGAAAUGUAAUCACCGUUUAUUUGCCUCCUACGCAAACUCAGCCGGUAUUCUUCGAAAACUGUAGCGGCCUUGACUUUUUUCACACAAAAAUCGCCGCUUUACUGGAUGGGCAAUUUGAUUCCGACUUCUGGAGGAAGCUUGUGCCGCAACUGUCACACUCUGAGCCAUCGAUUCGACAUGCUGUAUCGGCCGUCAGCGUCAUCUAUCGGGACGUCGAAUCAUCAUUGCGUCAUCCCGCAGGUUAUGUGAAAGCCAACCCCGAGGCUCAGAGGGAAUGGAAGCUCGCAGUGAAGAGCCUGUCGGCGCGAAUCCAGACGAACCCGAAUUCCAACCUGGUGCCUUUGGUCUGUUGCCUUCUUUUCACAUGCAUCGAGUUCCUUAGAGGCGAUGCGGACUCUUCAAUGCUUCACAUUCACAAUGGAUUCAAUAUGCUGGCACCACUCCGACACAACAGCAGCGCUGCCCGGUAUCCAGGGCCAGAGUCUUUCACCGACGAUCUCAAAGCUAUUGAAAACCACGUUCGUCCGAUGUUCUCCCGUCUGGGCAUACUUUCUUGUCUCUCUGGCAGAAUAACCCCGCCCUUAUACUCACAUCUACCCGAGGAGGACUCUCCCCACAAAGAUUUUGAGGAAGCUAGACGGCGGUUGUUUGACAUCGCUGACACGUGCGUUCGGUUCAUCAACCAGGUCACUCCCAAGGCAGACACGCUCCUCGUUGGUAUCGACGAUCUUGUUGAGCAGGCCAAACUUCAUAUGAGGCUAGUAACAUGGCGUGUCCAGCUGGACGAUCUUUUGAAACGAAUGCAGGCUGGCGGCAACCCGGCGAACCCAGACGCGCUCAACAUACUCUUGGUAAACUACAAAGCCGUUUCCAUCUGGACGCGGGUCUGCACUACGUCUCAGGAAACAGAUACAGACUCUUAUCAACCCGACUUUGACGAGCUGGUACACUAUGCGGAACAGGUCAUCCGGCCGGGACAGAAAAAGGCGGAACCGCUACUUUUGUCCUUUGACGUCCAACUCCUGGCGCCUUUGUUCUACGCCGCACUGAAAUGUCGUCAUUCCACAAUACGAAGACGCGCUUUGGAAAUGCUCCGGCUGGCCCCUCGCCGGGAAGGGCUGUGGAACGCGCAUCACGCAUACCUUACCGCCAAACGCAUCAUUGAGCUAGAAGAAGAGCAUAUAGACGAGCAAGGAAGCUUGCCAGACGAGAGUUCGAGACUGUUUGGUCUGCCGUUGCCUGAUGACGAGUCGCGCAUCUACAACGCAUGCGAGUUGCCUUUUGAUUUUCGGAGGUUUGACCACAGCGUGGUGCCUAGCCCGACUUGCCCAGGCACUCUUGAAGCUGUCUUCCAGACGAGGCCGAUGGGUUUAUUCGGAGAGUUCCAGACAAUCACGGAACUUAUACAGCUAUAA